CCCGGGUUCACGCAGAACGACCAGACAACAAUCGACACCUGCACUUCUCGGACAAUCCCGCCAGAAUGCCCGAGACAAACGGGGAACCAGGCGGCCAGCCUGAGCGGCAGGGAGGCCAAAGUUCCAUCUUCAAGACGCUCAUUCAAGGCGUAGCUAUUUACAUGGCUAUGCAAUUUGUUAUGAAGCAGUUUAUGGGAGGCCCUAAAACCACCACGGUCCGCGACGCCAACGGCAACACGGCCCAGGUUGCGACGUCGAAUCAAGUACCGCCCUACAGCGAACGGGCGGCGCGUUUGGACGAUGGCGCUUCCUUCAACCAGAUCCCGCAAAUGGUGGGCCCGAUCUGGCCCGAAAACAGCGCAGUCGACAUCGUUGUAACCGUCUCGCCUUCAUUUGGGCUCACGCCGCUCAAGGACCUUACCAAGGACGCAGUAGUGUUUGAGGAAAAGAAGUUUCGGAUUGGGAACUGGACCGACAAGCGUACCGCAGAGGGCACCAUCCACGUUCCAACACCUGUUCAGCACAACGGUACGCUUUGGGGCCAUUUUUACAUUGGCUUGUCGGGAGCCCUCCUCGAUCCGACACAGCGAGGCUACGAUCCGGCUUCGGCUUAUCACUUCGCCUACCCGCUGACCCAAUACAUCCCCAAGAAGAAGGAAGCCAAGACAAGAAGUCUCCUAGGGGAUCAACCGGAGGCUGCCGACGAGCCUAUCAAUGACGAGCCCGAGCAGUCUGGACCCAUCAUUGCGAACUACUACCACCCGAACGUGUCGCUGUCUUUCAUCCCGAACUCGGGCGUUUUCUCUUUCCCCCAGUCACACCCAGCAGUCCGCCAGUUUCUGCGCCUCGAAGCAACCGGUGCGCGGGAUGGAACGGGCCAAAACUCAUGGUACUACCCGAUUCUCUUCGUCAACACAUUCUGGCAGCUCAAGACGCACAUGACGCUCCUUAACGACACGGUUCAGACUUUGCCCAUUCGCAUUGAUCUCAACAACUUGGCCGAGUGGAAGUUCAAGACCAUGGCGUCCAUCGACAUGAGUGGCAAGGAGUCGGCCCGCCAGGCUGCCUAUGGGAAUUCGUUGCCCGGCGGCGGCGAUGGAAGUGAGAUUGAGAUGAUCAAGGAGAUUUUCAUCGACACCAACCCGAUCCUCCUCAGCAUCACGGUUGUCGUCAGUAUUGCGCACAUGAUUCUCGAGACGCUAGCCUUUGGGUCCGACAUUGCGCAUUACCGCAAAAAGAAGGACAACGUGGGCAUCUCGGUGCGGUCCAUCCUCGCCAAUGUCUUCAUGCAACUGGUGAUCUUCCUCUACCUGAUCGAUCAAUCCCAGAACACGAGCUGGAUGAUUCUGGGCGGGCAAGCCGUCGGCAUCCUCAUCGAACUUUGGAAGAUCACGACGGUGGUCAACGUCCGAGUGCGCCCGGCUCCAGGGUCCAUCAUUCCCUACCGGAUAUCCUUUGAGGACAAGCACAAGCUGAGCGAGACCGAGGAAAAGACCAAGGAGUACGACGAGAUUGCCUUCAAGUACAUGUACAUCGCCGGCGUCCCGCUGCUCAUCGCCUACGCUAUCUACUCCCUCUUCUACGAGACACACAAGUCGUGGUACUCGUACGUCAUCACGACGCUCGUUGGCUCGGUCUAUGCCUACGGCUUCCUCAUGAUGGUGCCGUCGCUCUACAUCAACUACAGACUCAAGAGCGUGGCCCACAUGCCGGCCAAGGCCAUGAUGUACAAGUUCCUCAACACCUUCAUCGACGAUCUGUUCGCCUUCACCAUCAAAAUGCCCUUCCUACACCGCCUGGCGACCUUCCGAGACGACAUCAUUUUCUUCGUUUAUGUUUACCAGCGAUGGGCAUACAAGAUCGAUUAUACCCGAGUCAACGAGUUCGGUCAGGGCGGUGAUGACGAGGAAGAGGUUGAGAAGGAGUCAGACAAGAAGGAGAAGGAGGCUUUGCCUGCCGGCCCGGCCGAGAGCACUGCCAAAGCUACGGGGGCCCACGCACCCAAGGCGACCAAGAGAAAGUAAGAAUAUAUCAGUUUGGCUAGAUUGAGAAAGAAAGGGGAAACACCAUAAAAAUACAGGACUAUUCCAGCCCCUUCCCUCUUCCUUCCACCACAUCUUGCCGUGAUUCCAAUUACUUGGCCGAUGUGGGUGCUCGCCGAAGACGAGCCGAUGUUCCACCCGGUUCGGGAUCUUGCGCAUCCUAACUGUCCCUGAAAGUCUCGUAGGGCUGAGCGGCGCAGGACGAGGUGUGAAGGACAUCGACCUCCCAUUGGGCAGCGUGCCGCUUUUCAAUCAGAGCGCCCCCUUGCUUUUGCGGAUGUUAAUUCGGCAUCUGCCCAAUCUCAACCGCGUGUUGGGAGUUUGUUCCCGCGACCUG